UUGAGUUUGAACCCCCUUCAUCCGUCUUCGCCAAUUUUCCUUCCCUGGGCUGGGGCGAUUCACGCAUCCAGCCUCUCCCCGGCAAGAUAUCUUAGUCGAGACGUCAUCCCCGCAGCGCAGCGGGCUCGUUUGAUCAACAGCUCAGUCACACCAGCCCCUUGUGUCUCGUGUCUCCUCUGCUGAUUGGCGCCUCUGCGCGUGGCCGACAAAGACAGGAAGAACGGAUAAAGGGACACUGACUAGUUUUGAGACGUGUGCAUUUGUACGUUCGACGUCUGUGUGUGCGUGCGUAGCAGUGUGCCAUUGUGACUCGUUGCCUCCUUUGACUUGUCGUGACAUUAGGUCGACUUGACUCGUAUACUUGUCGUCAUUUAUCAUUAAUUGUGUCUUAUCGUACAGUAGCAGGUGCUUUUCAUCUCGUCAUCUACCCCACGGACAGCUUAAGUGUACAUUUGAUAGUGUUUUGGGUUUAGAGUUCCUUUCUUCAAUUCCGUUUUGUGUGUGUGCGUCUCUCUCUGUCUCUCUCUCUCUGUUUGUUUGUUUGUUUGUUCUCGGCCCUAAUGCUUUUGCUGGGGGUCGAAGGCAGCGGGCAUCAUCUACGUCAAGAGCAACAACAGGGCGCUACAUCCAAGCAGAGCGGCGUCGAGGGCGUCAUCUACGUCAAGAGCAACAACAGGUGGCGGGCCAGAUGGCAGGAGGGCGGCGAGGAGAAGACCAAGUCCUUCUCCUGCAAGAAGUACGGCGACGAGGAGGCCUUGCAGAUGGCCAUCGAUCACCGGCGGGCCAUGGAGAGGCUGCACUAUCGAUUUGACAGGCGGGGCGUUGAGAUGCCCGUAGAUGAUAGUGAGGAGGAGCGCCCUAAGAAGAAGAAGAAGAAGAAGAAGAGGAAGAGUGAGGGUUGUUCAUAGCCCAUCAUGUUGAUAGAUUGGGUUGAUAGAUUGUACAGACGCUCGCUGUUGAUAUACUGGUCUGUGCAUUCACAUGAUUGACCACUGGUAC